UGUAGCUGUUGAAUGUGCUAGACAAACUAAGUACUGGUUUUAAUUCUGGCCGUGGAUUAGGAAGUUUGGGGCCUAAAGUUACGAUUCCCAAAGUGAAUGUACUAAAGUACUUGACGACAGAACGUUGAUUGUUCGGUAGGAAAAUACGCGUAAAGUUCGAAGCUGUCCAUAAUGGCCCCAGGAACCCACCUAUGGAACAGUGUAGACGUGAUGGGCGACGACGGUCUUUUGCAUUGUGGACGUGUGGUAGACGUGACGGAUGAAGGCUUAUUCAUCGACUUUCUCUGCUCAAAUCGCCGACGUGAAUUCACCCCUUUUGACCGGGCUUUCCUUCAUGAUGGUCGGCUGUACCUGAACCGAAACGAUUUGGCCCAGACACAUGCCACGUUUGGGCGCACUGUAGAAGUCCUGCUGCGUGACAGUGCAUCUGGCGCCUGGACGUGGUUCCCCGGCGAACUUGUCGAUCGGCCUCGCGACAAAACACACACCGACUACCGUGUGGUCCUUCUCCACCGCGGCACACCGCAGGAGUAUAUGGAUGUGGUUCCCGUUCCGCGUAUUCGUCGGAAGGUGUCCGCUGAGGGACGAAAGAAGGUCGGGAGCAAAUAUCGCAAAACAACCGUGGAUUUGACCAAGAAGAUCGUGGACAGAUGGACGUUUGUUAAACGGCGGUCGGAAGAUCUUUCCGCAGCAUGGAUUACAACGCAGCGGAAUACAGUGAUGCAUUUCCGUCCCCAGAACUCUGCCCGUGCGGUGUGCGUGGGCGUUGAGGACGGCUGUGCGGUCUACAUUCAACGUCGAUCCGACGCUGGAGAUGAAUCCGACGAUAUUCAUGCGCGAAAAGAACUGAACAGUCUUAGGAAAUUUCACACCGCGCUGUUGCGCUCCCUUAAGCCAGAGCCGUUAGUCCCCAUUUCCAUUUCAGCCAUAGAUGAACGCGCUCUGUUGCUGCCGGAGUUGUGGACGGACGUUUUCUCGAAUCUGGACACUGUAACGCAAACCCGACUGCGUCCCGUGUGCGCCAUGUGGGAAGUCAUCCUGAGUUCUGUGGAUCUGAGGCCCAACGUUGUUUUCGACACAGCGGCAUUGAGUAAGGCGGAUAUGGAUGGGUGUCCAACAUCAGCGUAUUUUAUGGCCUCAGUUCUGUUCAAGUGUCUCUCGGCAUCCACUAAGCACGUUGCCGUGGUUGACCGACGACGUCAGACCAGCAGAAUUCAGAAUUUGCAGAUUAUGGAAGUGUUUGAUCUUCUGAGCUACUUGACUGCACAGCUCCAUCCCGGCAUCCAGUUAAAAUGCGUCCAUUUGUUCGGAUUGAAGCACUGUUUGCAGAGUUGUGCGUGUUACGCUCAUCCGAAUUCCGAAUGCGGACUUCAUCAGCCCAGUAACAUUUCCAGCAGUUUCGUCAAUAAAGCUUCUGCCAACAUUAUCCUGGCUUGUCGGAAUCUUCCAUGUGAUAAUAUUCAGCUGAUUAAAUGCACCAUCACACUGGAAUGCCAUGUUUUCCCUGCGUUGUACGGGCCGUGUGUUCCACUAAGCUGGAGGUGUCUUCGCAGCUAUCGACAACGCUUUACUGGCGAUCUCGGCGGCGCUCUGUGGAGCGCGUUGGAAGCAGGCUUGACAGUGCCCAGUGGCACGGAAUUAGCCCGCUUGGCCAACUGGUUAGAUCCCCUUCGAGCACACGUCCAGUCAACGGGUCGAGAUAAAGAGUAUUCAGCCAUCGUUGGCAAGGUAUUGUGUGCGAUGCAGACGGCGGAUCCACGUCCAUCGCUGCAUUACCGCGGGCAGAAGUGGUGUGUGGAUGGUCUACAGGGUCUGGAGCUGGAGAAACUGUCACGGGUGGCGCUGCGUUCCUUGAUUAAGCUGAUGAACGGUCUGCCCAGCUGAAACAGGGUUUUACUUUGUUCUGAUCGGACGACGGCAUACUGGGCAGCCAUAUGGUGUUUUAGUGGAUAACUCUGUCGGUAGUCCAUCCAAGAUACAUUUGAUCUGUCGCUUUUGUAUCGUACUAAUAGUUUGGUUAAUUAGUUAUACUUCGCCCAGAGUCUGUUAAUUCCAGGAAGAAAAGGAAUUGUGCGUCAAACUUUUGUUAAGAA